GAGAGAUUCAGGGUGAAGCUGGUGGGUUUGAACCGUUUGCUCUCUGUGCUCCUCUCUCCGCCCGGCCAGGCAGGGGAGAGCCAUGUUGUGAUGUGUCUGGACCAUGACUCUGCUGCUGCAGCACCGACCAGCCUAAUCAUCCAGCAGAGCGUGGGGGGAAAGGCGCUGCACACCGGAGCCUCUUCCUACCCAGGCAGCUUUGUGUGCACCCGGCCUCUUUUGGGCUCUAUCUCCCGGGAGUGUCGCGCCUCUGCCGUAAAGUUGUUUCACCUGUUGCAGUUUUGUAUUCAAGCAAUCCAAUAGAGCCCUGGAAAACACAUAAAGACACCCUAACGUUGAAUAUCGUAUAUCUCAAAUAUGAAAAAAUUCAAGAGAAGGCUCUCACUCACAUUGAGAGGCAGCCAGACAAUUGAUGAAUCGCUAUCAGAGCUGGCAGAACAAAUGACCAUUGAAGAAAACAGCAGUAAAGAUAACGGAUCCUUCAAGAAGCCUCCUCUGAGAAGACCCCAUAGUGUAAUAGGUGGAAGCCUCGGUUCGUUCAUGGCCAUGCCAAGGAAUGGGAGCAGACUAGAUAUAGUGCAUGAAAACCUAAAGAUGGGAUCAGAUGGUGAAAGUGACCAAGCAUCUGGGACAUCAUCAGAUGAAGUUCAGUCGCCAACAGGAGUGUGUCUCAGAAAUCGAAUACAUAGGCGAAUUUCAAUGGAGGAUCUGAACAAGAGACUGUCACUUCCAGCUGAUAUUAGGAUACCCGAUGGAUAUUUGGAAAAGCUGCAAAUCAACAGUCCUCCGUUUGAUCAACCUUUGAGCCGAAGGUCACGGAGAGCAUCAUUAUCAGAAAUUGGCUUUGGGAAGAUGGAAACAUAUGUCAAACUGGAAAAACUUGGAGAGGGUACUUACGCAACAGUAUUUAAAGGAAGAAGUAAAUUGACAGAAAACCUUGUUGCGCUAAAGGAAAUUCGUUUGGAGCAUGAAGAAGGAGCGCCUUGUACAGCUAUUAGAGAAGUAUCAUUACUAAAGGACCUAAAGCAUGCAAACAUUGUCACUUUACAUGAUAUUGUCCACACGGACAAAUCACUGACGCUUGUCUUUGAAUAUCUGGACAAAGAUUUAAAGCAGUAUAUGGAUGACUGUGGGAAUAUUAUGAGCAUACACAAUGUGAAGAUAUUUUUGUACCAAAUUCUGCGUGGCUUGGCGUACUGUCAUAAAAGGAAAGUGCUUCACAGAGACCUGAAACCACAGAACCUACUAAUCAAUGAAAAAGGCGAAUUGAAAUUGGCUGAUUUUGGCUUGGCCAGAGCAAAGAGUGUUCCAACAAAAACCUAUUCCAAUGAGGUUGUGACAUUAUGGUACAGGCCUCCCGAUGUCCUACUUGGGUCUUCUGAAUAUUCCACUCAAAUUGAUAUGUGGGGCGUUGGCUGUAUAUUUUUUGAAAUGGCUUCAGGAAGGCCUCUGUUUCCUGGUUCUACGGUGGAAGAUGAACUUCACUUAAUUUUCCGGCUUUUAGGAACUCCAGCUGAAGAGACAUGGCCUGGAAUUUCUUCAAAUGAUGAAUUUAGAAACUACAAUUUUCCAAAGUACAAACCUCAACCUCUUAUCAACCAUGCACCAAGGUUAGACUCAGAGGGAAUUGAGUUAUUAACACGGUUUCUUCAGUAUGAAUCCAAAAAGAGAAUUUCUGCAGAAGAUGCAAUGAAACACGCUUACUUCCGAAGCUUAGGGACUAAACUCCACAGUUUGCCAGAAAAUAUUUCAAUAUUCAGUCUUAAGGAUAUCCAGCUGCAGAAGGAUCCCGGUUUUCGAAAUUCUUCUUAUCCAGAGACAGGUCAUGGGAAGAACAGAAGGCAAAGCAUGCUAUUCUAAGACUUUCUAACCAAGUGGGUUCCUUAUCGGAUUCUUCGGUGGUCCCUGGAUCACCUCCCUACCCACAGCGGAGUUGUUUUAUUGCAGGCCUGCGUUUUUUUGUUUUUUAAUAUUUGUUGUCACAGUGUGACAAAUAUUGUACAGUUGGUUUUAAGGUCUCCUCUGCUGUUAGAGCCAGUAGGUUACAGCUGUUGAUGUGACUAAAGCUGCAAUUCUUGUGCAGGACUGAAACAUAAAAUUGUUAUUUAUUGCGGAAUCAUUGCUGCUAAAUGACUACUGUCCGGAUUUGUACCAUAACAUAACAGCUGAACGCCUGAAGAAGUUGCAGUGGCUCGAUAAUAUGUGAAUGCGUCUGUCUACCCUCUGAAAAAUCUUUUAUUUCUCUUUCAUUUUUACGUUUUGAUCUGUUUUUUUUUUUUUAAUUAAACCGCAUUGUUCCUUUAAA